AGAAAGACAAUUUCUUGUGGAGCCUCGACGCGCUUACUCUACACUACUAGUAUCCGUCUGCCCUUCGAGCCCUUCUCCGCACUUUGUUCGUCGAUUCCUCUACGAGCGCGUGCCAUCUGCUGGGAGUUCAAAGAGAUCAACUAGUGAGAGAUCUUGCGUCGAAGUGAGCGUCUCGACCUCACAGCAUUCCGGAGCAUCUUUCCGCCCGUCCGAAUCGCGGCCGCGUGUCUCACCGACAGCAGCCACUCCUUACCGGUGUCUCAACGUUCUGAGCAUUCACACCGGCCGAAAGACCGAAAAUGGGGGCUGUCAAAAAAGCCAUCUACUACCUUUUCCAUCCGAACGAGCUCAGAUCCAUUGUUCAGUGGAAAGUAUGGCACGAGCCCGUCCAUAGGCGCGACCCUUCCAAGGAGACGCCCACGGAGAAAGCAUGCUUCCACUAUCUCGAGCUGACCUCGCGGUCAUUUGCUGCUGUCAUUCAAGAACUGAACCCCGAACUCCUCAUGCCAGUUUGCACGUUCUACCUGGUACUACGCGGCCUCGACACCAUCGAGGACGACAUGACAAUCGACAUCAAGGAGAAAGAGCCACUGCUGAGAAAUUUCCACGAGUUUAUGGAGCAGGAUGGGUGGACAUUUGACAAGAACGGGCCCAACGAAAAGGAUCGCGAGCUCCUCGUGCACUUUGACAAUGUCGUCGCGGAACUGAAGAAGGUGAAGAAGCCCUACUACGAGAUCAUCAAGGAUAUAACCAUCAAGAUGGGUAAUGGCAUGGCCGAUUAUGCCCUGAAUGCCGAGCACAACAUCAACGGAGUCAACACAGUCCCGGAGUACGAGUUGUACUGCCAUUACGUGGCCGGCCUUGUGGGUGAAGGCCUGACCCGACUCUUCGUCACCAGCGAGCUCGCCAACCCACAGCUGCUAGUGCGCACGGACUUGACAGAAAGCAUGGGCCAGUUUCUCCAGAAGACAAACAUCAUCCGCGACGUGCAUGAGGACUGGCUUGACAAGAGGCGCUUCUGGCCCAAGGAGAUCUGGAGCAAGUACGUCGACAAUUGGGAUGAUCUUUUUGCGCCCGAACAUCGCGAGAAGGCGCUCCAGUGCAGCUCGGAAAUGGUGCUCAAUGCGCUCAAGCACGCCGACGAAUGUCUCUUCUACAUGGCUGGCAUCCGGGACCAGAGCGUGUUCAACUUCGUCGCGAUCCCUCAGAGCAUGGCUAUUGCAACCCUGGAACUGGUCUUCCGCAACCCGGCCAUUUUCGAGAGGAAUGUCAAGAUUACCAAGGGCGACGCCUGCCAGCUGAUGAUGGAAUCAACGCAGAACCUGCGCCUCGUGUGUGACGUGUUCCGGAGAUACGCCAGGAGGAUACACAAGAAGAAUGACCCAAGGGAUCCAAACUUCCUGGCUAUCAGCGCGCAGUGUGGGAAGAUUGAAAAAUUCAUCGAAUCCAUCUUCCCCACGCAGGAUCCCAAGAAGCUCGCAGCAGGGCAGAAGGCAACAAAUGAACCCGGAAUGGACACAAUGGAUGCUGUCUUCCUCGUGCUCUCCGCACUGUCAACGUUGGUUCUCAUUGGGCUUCUGAUGGUCGGAAUUGCAUGGUUCAUGGGCGCCCGCAUGGACAAAGUUUUCAACAACCUUGACCAAGCUCUGGGCGGCAGCGUUAGGAGCCCAACACCCGUGCUGGGUGGCCACGAGGAGUUGUGAGAUGUCUGCCUAGUUGCCAGACAGACAGGCUCACACGGAGAGCCUUUGAUUCACCUGUUCUAUAUACCUUACUAAUGACAUACCCCUUGGUAAAGUGGUCAUGUAUGUACACGAUUACGAGCGACUGACGAGGCGCGGAUCUGGCAGGCAUGAUUCGAGGCAGAGAGGGCCGGACAUAUCUAGUACUGACUUGAUAGACACGCAUUAAUUUCUAGUCCUCUUACAUUCAGUGCCAUGGCAC